AUGGCAAAGACUCACCUUCAUAGCAGAAUAAAGUGCUUCAAGUUGUGUUGCGAGUUCGUUAAAGUGGCGGUUCUUGCAGCAGUUACGGAGAAACUGAAAUCCGGUGGAAUCGACGGUGUUUAUGCAAGAGGGGAACAGAAAAUUCGGGGGUUUGGUUCGUAUUGUUUUCCCUCCAACUCCAAGGACUUUGGCAAAAUAUGGUGUCUGCCUUAA